AUGACUUUGCCAGUUUGGACGACGACAGACGUUCACGAUCUUAAUGCUCCUGUUCCACAAGCAACUGCUUGUCGUGGGCCAGGACAGAUUGCCCUGACUUAUGGCGAGGGUCCUACUGACGUCACAGCCAAAGUAUUAAAUGCACUAAAAGCUACUCAAGCUAAAGCUAACUUUUUCGUAAACACAUCUUGGUUGACCACACAGCAAUAUGCUAUGAUAUUACAACGCGCCUAUAAUGAUGGACACCUCAUUGGCAUGACUUAUCGUCCACCCAAAGAUACUUCAGAAGGACUCACUGAUGAGGAGAUCCAAAUUGAUGUGCUAAAUAGUGCUCAAGCUAUUGAAGAUGUCAUAGGCGUUGCGCCAAAAUACAUUCGACUUCACUAUGUGCAACCGGAAGACAUCCGUCUUGAACACAUCUUAUACGAUCUGGGUUAUACUAUCAUAGGUUAUAACCUCGACGUGAUGGACUAUAACAACACGAAAAACAAUCCCAAUGCAAUUACCAAUUAUUAUAAGGAAACUUUUGCGAAACAAAUGGAUACUUACGACACUAAAAGUUCCUAUAUCUCUAUUCAGUCCGAUAUUCCUGAAACUGGCUCAUCGGAAGCUGUAAACGAUGUAAUAAAAGCAAUUGACGAUGCUGGAUAUACGAUGGUGCGACUAGAUGGUUGCUUGAUUGAUAACUACCCUUAUAAGGAGCAUGCUGGGUCGCUUAAGUUUGUCAAUGAUAAGCAUUCUUGGGGACAGCCGAUGUAUAAGUCUGGUCAACAGGUUAUACGAGAGAGUACCAAUACUACCUUCGGCGUCAGUAGUGUGAGUAGAAAUGAUACGGAAGCCAACAAAGCAAACAUAGCGAAGAAGGUGAUGACGAGUGAUAGUGAUGCUCCUCAAAUAAACUUGUAUACUGCUGGAGGAAUGAUUCUCUUACAAGGCUUAAUUCAUCUCUUGUAG